UAAUUUCUUAUCCCCCUCAACCAUUAUCCAAGCCUCUCUCUCAGGCUUCUGCAAAAACUUAACCUUUCCAACCAAAAAAAAAAAAAAAAAAGAAAACCACUGCCUUGCAGUGGUAUCACAUAUAUUAGGGAAUAAAAAAAAUGUCAAGUACCAAUUCUCUCCCCAAAAAACAAGGGGAAACCAUCCCAGAUGCCUGGGACUACAAGGGCCGCCCCGCCGAGCGGUCGAAAACCGGCGGAUGGGCUUCCGCCGCCAUGAUUCUAGGUGGAGAAGUAAUGGAGAGGUUGACAACGCUUGGUAUAGCCGUGAACUUGGUGACGUACUUGGUGGGAACCAUGCAUUUGGGAAAUGCUACCUCCGCCAACACCGUCACCAACUUCCUCGGCACCUCUUUCAUGCUCUGCUUGCUCGGCGGCUUCAUCGCCGAUACCUUUCUUGGCAGAUACCUCACCAUUGCCAUCUUUGCCACCGUCCAAGCAACUGGUGUAACGAUAUUGACAAUUUCAACCAUUGUCCCAAGCCUCCGGCCACCAAAAUGCACGGCCGACAAGCCGUGCAUCCAGGCAAGCGGCAUGGAGCUCACCGUCCUCUACAUAGCGCUGUAUCUAACCGCCCUCGGCACCGGCGGCCUAAAAUCCAGCGUCUCCGGCUUCGGCUCCGACCAGUUUGACGAGACCGAUGCAGAAGAGAGAAAAAAAAUGACAAAGUUCUUUAACUGGUUCUUCUUCUUCAUAAGCAUAGGCUCUCUUGGAGCGGUGACAGUUCUGGUGUACAUCCAAGACAACCUCGGACGAGAAUGGGGUUACGGAAUAUGUGCAUGCGCAAUAGUCUUGGGAUUAGUCGUGCUCUUGUCGGGGACAAGGCGUUACCGCUUCAAGAAACUCAGUGGAAGCCCUCUCACGCAGAUGGCCACUGUCUUUGUGGCUGCUUGGAAGAACAGGAAGCUUGAGAUGCCUUUUAUUGUCGGCUCAUUAUAUAAAAAUUACAAUCAUGAAAAUUUUUCAACUGCUGAAAAUCUAGUUUUCAUGCAUAUAUAUAAAUAUUUUCUUGCGCGGUGCAGUUUCUUGGACAAGGCAGCAAUCAAGAGGCCAGAUUUGGCACCGGCCACGGUGACCAAGUGGAAUUUAUCAACCCUAACAGACAUAGAGGAAGUGAAAACAGUGAUCAGAAUGUUACCCAUUUGGGCCACCACCAUAAUAUUUUGGACAAUUUAUGCACAAUUUGUCACUUUUUCUGUAUCACAAGCAACCACCAUGGACCGCUACAUGGGCUCUUUCCAGAUCCCAAGCGCUUCCCUCACUGUCUUCUUCGUUGGCAGCAUUCUCUUGACGGUCCCGGUUUACGACAGAAUCAUUCUCCCAAUCACUAGAAAUCUCCUCAAUAACCCACAAGGCCUAACCCCUUUGCAACGCAUUGGGAUUGGCCUUGUUUUCUCCAUCUUUGCAAUGAUAGCCGCUGCUCUCACCGAGAUCAAACGCCUCCACGUGGCAAGAUCACACGGCUUGACCGAUAGUGCAACGGCUGAGAUCCCCAUGAGCGUUUUCUGGCUGGUCCCACAGUUUUUCCUAGUGGGGUCAGGGGAGGCAUUCAUAUACAUUGGUCAACUUGACUUCUUUCUUAGGGAGUGCCCCAAAGGAAUGAAGACAAUGAGCACAGGGCUGUUUUUGAGCACAUUGUCACUUGGGUUUUUUGUUAGCUCAUUGUUGGUGACAAUUGUGCAUAAAGUGACAUGGAAUACAAAACCAUGGUUGCCGGAUAAUCUUAACCAAGGCAGGCUUUAUGACUUCUAUUGGUUGUUGGCGGCUUUGAGUGCCUUGAAUUUUGUGAUAUAUUUGGUUUGUGCCAAAUGGUAUGUGUACAAGGACAAGAGGCUUGCUGAUGCUGGCAUAGAGUUGGAGGAAGUUGAUGUCGUUUGUCACUAAAAAUUAGAUGGAGAGAGAGAAAAAAAGAAAAAAAAAAUCAUUGCUUCUCGGUGGAGGCCUUUCCAGUGUCACAAGUCGACUUUUAAUGAGAUUGUAGCUUGUUAUUAAUUAUAUGCAAAAUAGAAAUUAAAGGAAAUGGUUUCGAGUUUAAUUUUUUUUUUUUUCCUUUUCUAAUAGAAAUUAGUGGAGUCUAUGUAUAAACAAAAAUACAGAGGUGACAAAAAGAGUGAUAAAAAGAGUGAGAGUAACAAUCUCUUUAUUUAAAUAUUGUAAUACAACUUUCUCAUGUAUGAGAUAAAUUAAGA